AUUUCGUGCUUCCGCGGGAGCUUUUCGUUUCAAGGUUGAUGAAAUUUACAUGAGAAGCUUACAGAGCUCAGCUUCUUCGUCUCUCUCCACUGAGGCAAUCGAAGGUCACUACGCUGGACGCGACUUCAGUGAUGCCAUGGCAAUCCUCCAGAACUCAAAUCCUCUAAUGAAUCUUCUGGUUCAGAUUGUUGCAUAUCCAAAUGAACAGAGAAAAGGUAUUGGCCCAAGCUAGGGUUUCUUGAUUCAUUAAAGAAAUUCACGCCAAGGUUCUUCUCUCAAUUUAGGGCUUUUAAUUUGAUAGAAAUCUCUUUGAAUUUCUUUUUUUUUCUUUCUUUUUGAAGAAAUUUAUCAGAUUAAUUUGUUUCCAGAAAAGAUGCAAGUCACUAGAAUAAACAACAGCAGCCUUCUUCGUUCUCCCUUUCUGGAUGCACAGCCUCGUACUAACUGUGUAUGCAAAUUUUUCUGUUAUUCCAGCUGCGCCUUUGGAAUAUUGAGGUUUCUUAUUUAUUUGGUAAAAUGUUGUUCUUUUGCUUCCUCCUUUUUUUUUUCUUUUUUCUUUUGGGUGUGAUUUCAGAACUGCUUUGCUUUAUUAGAUAAUCCAUUUAGCUGCUUUGGUGUUAUUGGGCAAUUUUUAUCUUUUGGUAUGCUAAUAACAACAGGUGAGUUAGUUAGCAAUUUAUUUGCCGUAAAAUUUCAUCAGAUAGUGUGUUUUUGGGUAAAAUUUCAUCAUUGCCAACUCACUGGUUGGCUACUCUUUUUGAUGAUCCAGGAUUGUUUCAAGUACUUAGAUUGAACAUUAUUUAUUAAAACAGAGCAUUUGGA